CGCAAACAUGGCAGACUCCAACGGCGACGUGGCCGCCUCCUACAGCCUGUUGCCAAAACUCAUCUCGAAUCUGGACCGCCACCUUGUCUUUCCGCUGCUCAACUUCGAGGAGGAACAGCGCCCGCAAGAUGAAGAUGUCUCGGACAUCACACAAUUGAAAUAUGCGCUGCUUAAGGAAACCAACAUGUCCGACUAUGUUGGCGAAUUGUACGUGCAGCUCAACGACUUGAGCGAGAUGCCAGCCGAAUACAACAAGAAGCGCGAGGAAACGCUCGAGAGGCGGCGGAUAUACACCGAAGAGACAGAGAAGAUCCAGGGCCUGCUCGGCGAUGCAGAGGUCAUCAACAACCUGCGCAGCGACAAGAACAGCAACAUGGCGUACUUGAAGGACAACCACGGUGUCACUCAACAAAUGGUGGAUCAGCUGUACGAUUUUGGCCAGUUCCAAUUUGCCUGUGGUGACUACGAGAGUGCUUCUGAGCUGCUUUACCAAUUCCGUAUCCUGUCCACGGAUAACGACAAAGUCAACGCCGCAACAUGGGGAAAGCUGGCUGCGGAUAUCUUGAACACAAACUGGGAGAGCGCCAUGGAGGAAGUCAUGAAGAUCAAGGAGAGCAUUGAUACCCGACUGUUCAACAACCCGCUAGCACAACUGCAGCACCGCACAUGGCUGAUUCACUGGUCGCUCUUCCCGUUCUUUAACCACGAACCUGCGCGCGAGCAACUGACUGAGCUCUUCUUCUCCCCUGCAUACAUCAACACGAUCCAGACGUCUUGCCCGUGGGUAUUGAGAUACUUGGCUGCAGCUGUUGUUACGAACCGUAACCGCCCUGGAAGCAAGAACAACUACAAUUACGGCAACUACCAGAAACAGUUGAAGGACUUGGUGAGGAUCGUGAGACAGGAGCAGUAUGAGUACAACGAUCCAGUGACGCUCUUCAUCAAGGCCUUAUACGUCGACUUUGACUUUGAAGAAGCGCAGAAGAGAUUGUCAGAAGCACACUCUAUCCUGAGCGCAGACUUCUUCCUUUCUGCAGCAGCAGACCCAUUCCUGGAUGCUGCACGUCAUCUCAUCUCCGAAUCAUACUGCAAGAUUCACCAGCGCAUUGAUAUUCAGGACCUAUCCACCCGCCUCGGCCUUGGCCAAGAAGAGGGCGAGAAGUGGAUUGUCAACCUCAUCCGUGACACCCGCGUCGACGCGAAGAUUGACUACAAGGCCGGAACUGUCAUCAUGAACCACCCUCCUGUGAGCGUAUACCAGCAAGUCAUCGAGAGGACGAAGGGUGGCUUCUUCCGCACGCAAGUGCUGUCGGCUGCUGUUGCGAAGUGAGUCUGGAGGUGAUCGUCAUGAGGAACUUUCGAUAAUAUCCAGACUCCGAAUCAGCGCCCGUGCGCACUUCGAGGAACUUGGGGGGAGCAGAAUACGGAUGCCGGUGUUUGAGAUAUGGCUAGCGUAGCAUUGGCGUUCCGGCGUCGAAUGCACAAAAAAUGCACGAUAAAAGCUUUGACACGAGCAACAUGUGCUAUGGAUGAGGGCCUAUGUUAGUCUGGGCGGGCACUGGCCCAGCGAAAGACUAGAUGAGACGUACCACGAUCGCACACAUGUGCAUCGCAAUGAUAUCUGAAAUGAUCUGAUAGUGAAAGAGAUUGUCUCAAGCGCAACAGCACCGUGAUGUGUAAAUGUUUAGUAGGUAGGAUGCGCUACUGCUGACGUGCUACAGUAGGUAGGUAUUGACUAGAAGGUCUCGGCCGGCCAAGAAACAUUCCACGAUUAUUACAUUAUGAUCGAAACGACAGGUAAUUUUGAAGCUACCUAGGUAGAGAUGAAAGGUACCAUCGCGUUGCUAUCAC